GGCGGCGUUUCCUGACUCCUGGUCUCCCUACGCAAUUCCAGUGGGCGCCGCCGCCGACCGAAUCCAGGUGACCAUCCAUCCCACCUCUCCCUCUACUCACUGACGCCGUCUCUACAAUCUUUUUUUACCAAUAAAAAGGUAGAGAAUAUAAGAAACCGUCACGACCGCCUCCGCCGUGCUCUUCCAUCCGUUCCAUGGCGCCGCCGCUCGCCCUGCUCCUUCUCGCCGCCAUCGUGCUCUCGCGGGCCGUCUCCCACGCCCACGGCGGCGGCGGCGGCUUCUACGACCCGGCGAGCGUCACUCAGCUCUCCUCGCGCCCCAGGGCGUUCCUGUACAGCGGCUUCCUCUCGGACACCGAGUGCGACCACCUCGUCAGCCUGGCGAAAGGCAGCAUGGAGAAGUCGAUGGUGGCGGAUAACGACUCCGGGAAGAGUGUGGCGAGCCAGGCGCGCACCAGCUCCGGCACCUUCUUGGCCAAGCGCGAGGAUGAGAUCGUGUCUGCGAUUGAGAAACGCGUAGCUGCUUGGACAUUUCUCCCGGAAGAAAACGCCGAAUCACUCCAGGUCCUGCGCUACGAAACCGGCCAGAAGUAUGACGCCCACUUCGACUAUUUCCACGACAGAAACAACCUGAAGCUCGGCGGCCAGCGAGUUGCGACCGUCCUUAUGUACCUCACAGAUGUCAACAAGGGUGGAGAGACUGUAUUUCCAAACGCUGAGGAACGUAUUGCCUGCUUUCAGGGAAGCCAUUUACAGUACAAGGACGAAACUUGGUCGGAGUGUUCAAGAUCUGGCCUGGCAGUGAAGCCAAAGAAAGGAGACGCGCUACUGUUCUUCAACCUCCACGUCAACGCCACAGCCGAUACAGGCAGUCUCCACGGGAGCUGCCCGGUGAUCGAGGGCGAGAAAUGGUCGGCGACGAAAUGGAUCCACGUCAGGUCGUUCGACAACCCCCCAGACGUGAGGACGGACGCGCCGUGCUCCGACGACAAGGAGCUCUGCCCUAGAUGGGCUGCUAUCGGGGAGUGCCACAGGAACCCGACGUACAUGGUUGGGACCAAAGACACUCUCGGGUUUUGCCGCAAGAGCUGCGGGAUCUGUGAUGCUUGAACGUGCAUGUUUUGGGGGUAGAUUUUGAUCCCAUCAUGUUUUCACUCUCUCUGCUCAUAACAGAUGAAUCAGUAACCUAGUGUAAUGCGAAUUUCGGUACAGUCGCCUCCAUUGGACUGUUUCGUCCACCAGAUGUUCUAAUACUAAUGAUCUAAUCAUCCUUUACCAA